AUGUCAGAACCCAUCAGAAAUAAAAAGGCCGAUUUCCUAGUCGCUCCUUCACUCCGCUACUCCAGCACCCCACAGAAUACACCUGCUAACAAUGCUCCGAUCUCUUCUCAUGCUCAGCAGCCUGGUGUAGCUAGUAUCUCAGAGGAAAACCUUGAUCAUGCAGCUGCCGCAAGCUUGUUCGCAAAGAACCCAGCUCUGGUCUCGAUGAUCCAAGGCAGACUGGGCUCUCUCAUCGGGCGCUCAUCGGGCUAUAUCGAAUCAUUGCCCUUGCCAGUCCGCCGUCGUGUCGCCGGUCUUAAGGGUAUCCAAAAGGACCACGCCAAGCUCGAAGCCGAAUUCCAGGAGGAAGUACUGCAGUUGGAAAAGAAAUACCUUCAGAAAUUCACCCCCUUAUACCAGAGACGUUCCGAGAUUGUGAAUGGUGCUGUCGAGCCUACCGAAGAUGAAGUCGAAGCUGGUGAGGCCGAACUAGCUGAUGAGGAUGAGACCAGGAAGGAGUCCGAGGAGAAGACUGAGCCCUCAGCCGAGGAGGCCAAUGUGUCCGGUAUCCCAGAGUUCUGGCUUUCUGCCAUGAAGAACCAAGUUUCCCUGGUUGAGAUGAUCACCGAGCGAGAUGAAGAGGCCCUUAAACAUCUGACCGAUAUUCGCAUGGAAUAUCUUGAUCGACCCGGGUUCCGUCUUAUUUUUGAAUUUUCUGAGAACGAAUUUUUCACCAAUAAAACCAUCUGCAAGACAUACUACUACCAGGAGGAAAGCGGAUACGGCGGCGACUUCAUCUACGACCAUGCCGAGGGUGAUAAGAUUGACUGGAAAGCCGACAAGAACCUUACUGUCCGUGUAGAGAGCAAGAAGCAGCGAAACAGGAGCACGAAACAGACCCGUGUCGUCAAGGUCACAGUGCCUACCGAGUCUUUCUUCAACUUCUUUUCCCCACCCAAGCCCCCCGUCGAGGAAGAUGACGCCACCAGUGAUAUUGAGGAACGACUAGAGCUGGACUAUCAGCUUGGCGAAGAUAUCAAAGAGAAGUUGAUUCCACGCGCCAUUGACUGGUUCACCGGCGAAGCCCUCCAAUUCGAGGAACUUGGUGAAGAAAUGGAAGAUGAGGAAGAGUUUGAUUUCGAUGAUGAGGACGAUGAAGAUGACGAUGAUGAGGAGCGGCGAUCUGACAACGGUGACGAGGAAUCUGACGAAGAGGAUGGAACGUCGAAGCCCAAAAAGGAACAGGCAGAGUGCAAGACGAGCUGA